CUGAUGGAGAACAGGACAGAAGUGACACAGUUCAUCCUGCUGGGACUCACUGAUGACCCAGGCCUGCAGGUUCCCCUCUUUAUCACCUUCCUCCUCAUCUACACCAUUACCCUGGUUGGGAACCUGGGGAUGACACUGUUGAUUCUCUUGGAUUCUCGGCUCCACACUCCCAUGUACGUUUUCCUAGGUAACCUGUCUCUGGUGGAUUUCUGUUACUCUACAGCUGUCACUCCAAAAGUCAUGGCUAGACUCAUAACUGGUGACAAGGCAAUGUCCUACAAUGCUUGUGCUGCUCAAAUGUUCUUUUUUGGAGCCUUUGGCAAUGCAGAAAGCUACCUAUUGGUCUCAAUGGCCUAUGACCGUUAUGCAGCAGUGUGUAAGCCGUUACAUUACACUACCAUAAUGACUACAAAGGUGUGUAUAUUCCUGGUCACAGGCUGUUAUGUCAGUGGUUUCUUCAAUGCCUCCAUUGAUACCUGGGACACCUUCAGUCUCUCCUUCUGUAAGUCCAAUGUGGUCCACCACUUCUUCUGUGAUGUUCCAGCAGUGAUGGUUCUCUCCUGCUCUGAUAGACAUGUUAAUGAGCUUGUUCUUGUUUGUAUAGCCAGCUUCAAUAUCUUUUUUGCUGUCACAGUAAUCUUUGUAACUUAUGCGAUCAUUUUCAUCACCAUCCUGAAGAUGCACUCAGGAGCAGGACACCAGAAGGCUUUUUCCACCUGCGCCUCCCACUUCACUGCAGUCUCCAUUUUCUAUGGGACCAUCACUUUCAUGUACCUACAGCCCAGCUCUAGUCAUGCCAUGGACACUGACAAAAUCCUAUCUGUGUUCUACACCAUGGUCAUCCCCAUGCUGAACCCUCUGGUCUACAGCCUGAGGAACAAGGAGGUGAAGAGUGCAUUCACAGAAAUUUUUAUGAAGAAAGGAUGA